AUGGCACCCAUGCUAUCCGAGACCGAGAACGCCUGUAUCAGAGAGACUCUAUCUUACUUUGUAAGAGGAGUGACCGGCGGGCGAGACAUAGACGAGGAUGCCCUCACGGUGACGAAUAUUGACAAGCUCCGGGCAACUGUCACGUCACAGUUGAAGUCGACAAGUCUCGGGGAUCAUAUGGAUCUUAUCAACUCCAAGAACCAGCUCAACUACUCGUGCUACGUGGCGGCUGACUUUGCCAAUGCGCAGGGGUUCGACUACCAGGUCGUGCACGCCAUGCUGACCAUCUUCUUCUUCCACGCCGAGGACAUCCUCGAGGACAAGCCCGACGUGAUGCACAAUCUGCAGCUCAAGCUGGCCACCGGCGAGCCCCUCGGCGAUCCGGUGCUCGACUGGUACGCCAGGGAGGUCACACCGCUGCUGUGGAAGCACUUCCACCCGCUCGUGUCCAACAUGAUCAUCGUGGCCUGCUACGACUUCGUCAACGGCAUUGGCGUCGAGCAGCUGGUACGGGAUGCCCCGGUGCACGAUCAGGCACCGCAAUUCCCCGAAUGGCUGCGCUUCAAGACUGGCCUGUCGCCUAUGUACGCACUCCUAGCCCUGGCGAGACACUCGGACGUGACGCUCAAGCCCUCGGGUGGGUUUGAAAAGUACGUGCAGACUGUGCCGGACGUCGUCGUGUUCACCAACAUCGUCAACGACGUCAUCUCCUUCUACAAGGAGUUGUUGGCGGGGGAGAAGGGCAACUACAUCGACAUGCGGGCCGAGAAGGACGGCGUGGAUGUGAUCACGGCGCAGCGCAAGCUGGCGGACGAGGGGAUCGCCGUAUACAACCGUGUGGUGGCCACGCUCGCUGACGAGCCCGAGUACCGCGCCAACUUUGAGGCCUACGCACGCGGCAUCACCCAUUUCCAUACCUCGUCGCCGCGUUAUCGCCUCCGGGAGUUGUUUGGGUCCAACACCUAG